AGUACUAUUUAUUAACCCAAACAAACAAGAAGAAGAAGAAAAAGAAAAGAAAUGGCAGAGACUAAAACGAUGAUGAUAGAGGAAGAAUGCUUUGAUGUUCUUACUGAAACCGGAGAGAAAACCGGUAUUUCCAAGCCCAGGUCAGAAGUGCAUAGAAAUGGAGAUUAUCAUAGGGCAGUACACGUGUGGAUUUAUGCGGAGAGUACAGGAGAGGUGCUUGUUCAAAAGAGAGCUGAUGGUAAGGAUUCAUGGCCCGGGCUGUGGGAUAUAUCCAGUGCUGGCCAUAUUUCUGCUGGUCAUUCUUCCCUUAUAACUGCUAGGAGGGAGCUUGAGGAAGAGCUGGGCAUUACCCUUCCUAAAGAUGCAUUUGAAUUGCUUUUUGUAUAUCUUCAGCAGUGCGUCAUAAAUGAUGGCAGUUUCAUCAAUAAUGAGUACGAUGAUGUCUACCUCGUAACAACUCUACAUCCAAUUCCUUUGGAGGCUUUUACUCUUCAAGAAACAGAAGUAUCUGCUGUAAAAUAUAUUCCUUUUGAAGAAUAUAGAAGCUUACUUACCAAACAACAUCCAGAUUAUGUCCUCUAUGAUGUCAAUGGGCAAUAUGGUCAACUUUUUGACAUAAUUCAGCAAAGGUAUAAAGAGAACCCCACAGCACGCAGCUUGACGCUACAGAAGCAGCUGUAUCGAUAUGCUCCUGUUUCUCUUAGUGCGGAGGUUUUGUCGGAUCUAUCAGAUGGAGACAAGGAAGCGUUAGAUUUUCUCAUUAAGGCAGCAAAAAUUGUGGAUGAGAUCUUCUACUUGCAGGUUUGGUACAACAACCCCUCGCUAAGAGAUUGGUUGAAAGAGCAUGCUGAUGCAUCAGAAUUGGACAAGAUGAAAUGGAUGUAUUAUUUGAUUAAUAAAAGCCCAUGGUCAUGUCUUGAUGAAAAUAAGGCAUUUUUGACUACCGCUGAUUCAGCUGUAAAGCUGCUUCCUGAAGCCACAAAGCCAGUUGGAGGAUGGAAGGGUCUAGAAUAUAAGUCAGCGUUUCCUAUUCGAAAACCACCUGGUGCAAAUUUUUAUCCACCAGACAUGGAUAAAAAUGAAUUUGAAUUGUGGAAGAGCACUCUCACGGAGUCUCAACAGAAAGAUGCAACAGGAUUUUUCAUUGCCAUCAAAAGGCGUACCGAAUUUAGUUCGGGCUCCUCUCAACUAAACCAUACAGUUGGGAGUACAGAUCAUUUGGUUGGUAAUCAUGAUCUAUCUAGCAUUCCCUAUUCUGAAGAGUAUAAUUCUCUUCUCACAAAAGCAGCUGAGCUGUUGCAUAAAGCUGGGAACUUGGCUAGUUCACCAAGUUUGAAGAGGUUACUUCAUAGCAAAGCUAAUGCAUUCCUUUCAAAUGACUACUACGAAUCAGAUAUAGCCUGGAUGGAAUUGGUUCAACUAGAAAGCCCCUCCUGUUGGAAUCAGGCCCUUUUUAUGGAUUCUAAGUUGGAUGUGACUAUAGGUCCAUAUAUGACAUAUGAAGAUAGACUUUUUGGAUAUAAGGCAACUUUUGGAGCAUACAUUGGACUCCGGGAUGACAAAGCAACAGCUCAACUUAAGCUCUUCGGUGAUAAUCUGCAGGUUUUGGAGCAAAAUCUUCCAAUGGAUAAUGCUUACAAAUCAGCUGAUGUUAGUGCUGCUCCUAUUCGUGUCAUUCAACUUAUCUUUAAUGCAGGGGAUGUAAAGGGUCCUCAAACUGUUGCUUUUAAUUUACCCAAUGAUGAGCGUAUACUUAAAGAAAGAGGAACUUCAAUGGUCAUGCUUAAGAAUGUUUCGCAGGCUAAGUACUUGUUCAAGCAUAUUCUUCAGCCCAUAGCCGAUGUGUGUAUUACCAAGGAACAGAAGGAACUUGUGGAUUUUGAAUCUUUCUUUACACACACCAUCUGUCAUGAAUGCUGUCAUGGUAUUGGACCUCAUGCAAUUACACUUCCAAAUGGUGAAAAAUCUACUGUGAGAAAGGAGAUGCAAGAACUCUACUCAGCUUUAGAAGAAGCAAAAGCUGAUAUAGUCGGCCUUUGGGCACUAAAGUUCUUAAUCAACAAGGAUAUGCUUUCAAAGAGUUUGGUGGAGUCUAUGUAUGUCUCUUUUCUUGCUGGAUGCUUUCGCUCAGUUCGAUUUGGUUUAGAAGAAGCUCAUGGAAAAGGACAAGCGGUGCAGUUCAACUGGUUGUUUGAGAAAGGAGCAUUCAUCCUGCACCCUGAUGGAACUUUCUCCGUUGACUUUGCUAAGGUUGAAGGGGCAGUGGAAAGCCUUAGUAGGGAAAUUCUAACUAUACAGGCAAAAGGUGAUAAAGCAGCUGCAAGGUUGCUGCUUCAGCAAUACUGUAUAAUGACAGAGCCAUUAAAACUGGCAUUAAACAAAUUAGAGGCUCUUCAGGUGCCCGUGGAUAUAGUUCCCACAUUUCCCAUAGCCCAUGAAACAUUGGAGUGAAGGAAAUGUUAUAUUACAGUGUUCUAGCAUGGAAUUCGCACAGCUUUCUUGCCCAUGCAGAUCAAAUAAAUGGAAAUAAUUGGAAUUUCGGCUUGUCUAGCCAAUUACUGGGAAAAUUGGACAAUGGCAUAAUCAUUUUCAUUAUUCACACUUUUUGGCAGUAAAUGUAGCACUCUUGACAAGUAUCUUCAAUGUUUACAGAAAUAAAUCUAGAACAGUUGAUGUUUUAGCAA